ACUUUCAACUGCUCUUUGUAUUAGCCAGGAUAUAUUUCCCUUAGGGGCAGAAGGGGAAGGACCUCAGAAGUGCCUCCUUGAUCUUUGUAAAUCCCUUUCUUUCCAGUAGCACAGCGUGUCUUUCCAUGGAAUGAAAUGGGACCCCGAGCCAGGGCACCUACCAGUAUCUCUCCUUCCUGCUGGCUUUCUGGGCUCAUGUUUUGCUUAGAGUCUUCUCUUUUCUUGGCCUCCAAGUACAGAGUAUCUGAGACAUUCAAAGUUCAGGACCUACUUUUAGGGGUUGGACUGAUGAUUUUCUGCCUAGACAGGCCUUUGCCGUCACAUGAUUUGCCCCAGGUAGAUAGUUAUACCUGGAUCAAGUAAUAAAUAAUAAUCCAUCCUUAAUAGCUCUUAGUCUAAUGAGUCAAUAUACCUUACAUGAAAGGUGCAAUGAAAAAGGUCAGGGAACACUGAAAGAGGUCAUGGAAGUUAAUUUUCAGCGAAACCUAUUUACAAAGUCUGAUGUUGGAACCUUUCAGGAAAUUCCUGGAUUAACUGAGUUCAUUAAGAAACAUUUAAUCAACUUAUUUGCACUGAUGAAUCAAAUAUCCUUCUUGCCAAGUCCUUGUGAAAUACUAGAUAAGCUGUGCAAUGUUUGUUUUGCUUUUAGCAGCUGUGUCAUCUGAGCUGUUCAAUACUAAGAGAAUGUUUUGUACAGUACCACAUGUGGAUCACUCUGCAUCUUUUGCCAUAGCCCUGGGAGAUUUACUUCAAUUAAUAAUUUUAUGUGAAAGUCACAGAGAAAGAAAGAAGAGGUACCUACCCAGAUAUUUUAUUUUCUUUUUUUUCCGACAAUUUUUCAUUGAAAUAUCAUAUGCUUCACAGCUCUUAAGUGGGAAAAUAAAUCAUAGUUAAUGUGCUCCUCUUUCACUAUUCCAAAAAAGUGAAAAAGGAUAGGGGACAUCUUUCAUGUAUAUGAGAGAGAAUGCAUUAGGCAUCACCAUUUCCAGAGGAGGUGAUAUGUGUAGGAGAAGGUGAUGGUUGGGAGGGGGGAACAGCCUCUUUCACACUUGAGGGAGGCAGGGAUGACACAGGAAGCAGGAGAGUCUUUACAUGGGCCCUUUGUUGGGGUCACUUCUUGGGGUUGUGUUUUUUUCAUUUCCCCCUUUAUCUUCUCAAGCCACUCUGUGCUUCCGUCUCUGUCAGGACUGGAAGGUAUGAUGAAGGUAUACAUUUUAUCACUUGGUGUCAGAAUCAAUUACUGGUUUUUUUGUGUUUUAAAUGCCUGCAAUAUCAUCUGUUUCCUUUAUGGCUGUAGUUAUUUUAUAUCAUUACAUGUUAACAAAGGUUUUGUUACUUGAUGAUUACUGAAUUCUUUUUGAAUUUUAAAUUAUUUUGUGAGUUUUUCUGUUAUCACUUUUCUUUAUGAUAUGCGCUGUUUUCAGAGCAUACAGACGUAAAUUAUAUGCUUCCACGAUUUUUUGUGAUGAUGAUAAGUAAUUUUCUAAAGUUGCAGAAUGCCUCUAGCGAAGGCCCUAGCUCAAGUUUGAGCAGUUCUGUGCUCAAACCUUGUUUGUCCUGCAGAUUCCCUGGUCAGCCUUUGGAAAGGCGUGGUGGGCACUCUGCCCCGUGAUGACGGUGUUACAGCUGGGGACAGCUGAUAAUGCUGCCCCUUUGUCCCCCAGGGCACAGACCUUCUGGGUGACCUGCUGUACACCACAGUGGCUCUGCACUGCUCAGGAGGAGCUCAGCUGCACCUGCAGGUAGAUGAGAGCAGUACUCUCAGGAAAUCUGCUAAGCCCACCAUGGAGGCCCUGGGAGUGACCACUAUUUUCUUGCUGGUGUGCAUCUCAUGCCUUCUCUUUGUCACAUGGAGAAGCAGAUCUCAGAAAGGAAACGAGCCUCCUGGUCCCACUGCAUUCCCCAUUGUUGGAAACCUGCUCCAGAUAAACCCAUGGAAUUUGCCUGAAAGCUUGAAACAGCUCAGUGGCAAGUAUGGUCCUGUCUUCACAGUACAUUUGGGCCCACAGAAGGUUGUGGUGCUGUAUGGCUAUGAUGUUGUAAAAGAAGCUCUGGUUGAUCAAGGAGAUGACUUCAGUGGAAGAGGCAUUCUACCACUGAUUAAAAAGCUCUUCCAAGGCACAGGCAUUGUGACCAGCAAUGGGGAGACCUGGAAGCAGCUGAGACGAUUUGCACUCACCACCCUGCGGGAUUUUGGGAUGGGGAAAAAGGGCAUUGAGGAGAGAAUCCAGGAGGAAGCUCAUUUUCUGGUGGAGAGGCUGAAGAACACACAUGAGCAACCCCUGAACCCUGGCAUCUUCCUAAUCCACGCUGUUUCCAACAUCAUCUGCUCCAUCGUCUUCGGGGAUCGCUUUGACUAUGAGGACAAGAAAUUUCUAGAUUUAAUUGACUGGAUAGAGGAAAACAACAAGCUCCAGGUCUCUAUACAAACACAGCUAUAUAAUUUCUUCCCGACCAUCAUGGAUUAUAUGCCCGGACCUCAUCAACAACUGAUAAAAAAUUUUGAAAAAGUUGAUAAAUUUACAACAGAUAUUGUAACAGAACACCGGAAAACCCUGGAUCCCACUUGUCCUCGAGAUUUUAUUGAUGCUUUUCUUAAUAAAAUGGAACAGGAGAAAGGGAACGAUCACUCAGUAUUCACCGUUGAGACCUUGAGCAGAACCACACUCGACUUGUUCCUUGCAGGAACAGGGACCACAAGCAUCACAAUGAGAUUUGCAAUUCUGAUUCUCCAUAAAUACCCAGAGAUAGUAGAGAAGAUGCAGAAGGAGAUUGAUUCCGUGAUCGGCCGAGACCGAAGCCCUCGCAUGUCAGACCGCAGCCAGAUGCCCUUUACAGAUGCUGUGAUCCACGAAAUCCAGAGAUACAUUGAUUUCCUUCCCACUAAUGUCCCACAUGCUGUAAUCAGAGACACCAAGUUCAGAAACUAUUUUAUCCCCAAGGACACUCUGAUAUUCCCUAUGCUGACUUCUGUCCUACAUGACAGCAAAGAAUUUCCAAAUCCAGAAAAAUUUGACCCAGGACAUUUCUUGAAUGCAAAUGGUACCUUUAAAAAGAGUGACUACUUCAUGCCAUUUUCUACAGGAAAACGCAUCUGUGCAGGAGAAGGUCUGGCCCGGAUGGAGAUAUUCAUAUUUUUAACAUCCAUUCUGCAGAACUUUACUUUGAAGCCUGUUGUGGAUCACAAAGACAUUGACAUUAGCCCAAUAGUCACUAGUCUGGCAAAUAUGCCCAGACACUAUGAGGUCUCCUUUGUUCCACGCUAACCAAGUGAAGAGUUUCCAGCUCCCAAACUCAUGAGUGCUCUGGCUGAAUGACAGUCAUUCCUCAGUCUGUUGAGAAUGCACUCAGACCAUUUGGUAGCUACUUUAUGGAGAGAAGAGUGCUUAGAAAAGAAAAUUGUAUGGUGCCUUUAUAAUCACCACAGCCAGCUCUUAACAGAGUAGGCAAUCACACAGGGAAGGACACAGCACCCUAUGCAAAAUUACACAGAUUCUUCUCUGCAUAUACCUCACCCAGAUGGGGUUCCUGUCUGGCUUCUGACAUGCCAGGCUGUCUGCACUAGUUCUCUGAGAGCCCUGCUGUUGCUGUUCCUGUCACCUGGGGGGUUCCAGCAGGAAUAGAUGCUUGUACUACAGGGUUUUUACAAACUCUGCUUGAAGUACUUCUCUCUGUACUUUGUUUGUUUGUAAUCUAUCUAUAAAGGCAAACAUAAAACAAGGAGUUUUUUGUGUUAGAUAAUGAUAAUCUAUACAAUUCUUUCCCCAAUACUUACUGUCUACUGUGGCGGGGAUAGAGUUUAUCAGUGACUGGGCAGACUGGUUGUCCUCUGUAAUUACAAUGAGGGUUUGUGAAAUUACAGUUUAUACUGCAAAAUAAAGAAGUAGUAUACUGAAUUGUUGUUUUUCUGAUAUUCCAGAACAUCUUUUAGUGAAAAACCAGUGUCCACAAAGCUCAUACUCCAAAAUCUCUUUCAAGUCCUGUACACAUCUGACUGCUUCAUUUCACUCAUAUGAAAUGUACUAUGGCUUGAAGAAUGAGCUGGUUAAUGAUCUAUAAAUGUCCAAUCCUAAUUUUGGAUAAAGCUGCACUGACCCCAUGGGACCCAUUAGAACCCCAACUGUGGUUACAGAGCUGUUCACUGGGGAGAAAAAGGACAAAUUAAGUAAUACCAGGAUACCCCAAGUACCUUUUCCUAGAUGAAUGCCAGCUUGCACUUUCCCAAUAUUUUAUGAAGUACAUAAAGAUCAUUAACAGCAAUGUUACAAUCAGAAAAAAAUAAUAAAUAGAGUUUAUAUAACUUGCCAAGCAUAUAUGUACAGAUCAAUGGCUGGCAUUUCCUGUCUUGAUCACAUUCCCAUCAAUGUAUAAUAUAUAGUGAUUACAGUGAAGACAGACAACUGAAUCAGUAUUAUGUGGGAAAAGACAGAACUGUAGUAUUACCACAAUGCCAUUAACUGUUUAUGUGAAACAGACUAAAUGUGCUUCCUUUAAAAGAUAAAUAAGCUAGAUAUACUAUGCAUUACUAGCAUGGUAUUGGAAAGGCAAAAAGCCACAAAUUCCACAGAAUCACAGAAAUAAAUUCCCUCACCAGAUAAAAAGAAAACACUGAACUUCCUCUUUAGCUGUGUCAUGACUAAAAUAGCCAAAACAAAUGAGGGAGCAGCUUUCUUAUUGCAGUUAUCUUCCUUCAUGCUGACAAGGAGGCAGCCAAUGCAGAUCAGCAAAACAGCUUCAGUGCCUGGAGACUCCACCAUGGUAUGAAGUGGGCUUUGGGAUUAGAGGAGGGCUAAAGCCAUGUGCCCUGAUUCUGAACACUGCGGGUGUCUCCACAAAGUACUGCUCUGAAACUUGAAUGACUUCAGAAUAACCUGUUAGUGUGGCUGGGCAGAACUGUCUUAAAAUGCUGGACUAAAAAGAAUUCUCCUCUGGAACUGAACUCUUCUGCUUCUUCUAAAAGAGCUAUUAUUUGCUAGGCUGAUUUUCAUUCCCUGGUUUGCAGCUGCAGUCCACAACAUCAAGAACUGCUUCAGCUCCAAAGUGGUUUGCAGACCAUUUUGAUGACACACUUUGCCCCUGGACUGUCAUUCAUCAGCCCUCCCUUUUCUGCUUCCCUCCUGUUCCUCCUUUUGAGAACCCACUAUUUUCUUACUCUAUUUUCCACCAGAAAAUGCUGCAAAGGAGAACUCUGAGAUUUAAUCUCCUCCUGCACCUCCUCUGGAACUUCUCAGGGAUUCUCCAGGUGAUACACCUGAGCAUUAACCAAGUUGUGGCUUUGCUUUUGGACUGACUAUACAUUUCCCCAGUACAAUGCUGCUCACACACACCUAUGUCUCUUCCAUGGUGCAGCUCUCCAAGGACCUGCCAUCCUUGACAUGAUGUGGACUCUACCUGUAACACAGAGGUCCCUCAGGCAGGGAGGGUAACAAUUACUCAGAGACACAACUGGGAACAUAGCUGUCAGCUCUCAGCCUAACUGGAAUGCCACUGUCACACAGUCCUCCAGCCAGCCAGGAAGUCCAUCUCUAAAAUUUCCUCUCAAAAAGAAAGUCCAUUGUAGGACAAACCCCUUCUCUCAUUUUUGCUUCCAGGAGGUGGAAUACUCAAGAGUUUGUGAAGGAAUUCACUAUUUCUUACCUUUCUUACCUGAAAACACUGAGCACUUGGUGACAGUGCAUGGCUAGAAGGAUUUCCAUCUUCAGAGCCCCUGGAGGUUUUCAUCCUUGUAGUUUUAAAAUGGCACUGUAUUUUGUACACACAGAAAAGCAACUUUUCCAAGAGGAACAGGACAUGGUCGGUCCUGUGCCUCUUCCUGCGGGAUCUGUGGUGUUCCCUGCUGGCAUGGCGCCUCCCUGUGUCCCCCUGCGGUCCUGCCUGGUAACACCGCGAGCACAGAAAUGCUGCUUCUACUUCAAACCCAGGAUUUUCAAAGUGAUGGUGAAGGCUCUCAAAAGUCAUCUGCUUCACUCUGUUUAAAGAGCACUAGGGAAAAGUGUCCAUCCUGAUGAUCUUUAUCACACUAGCACCUGACUAGACAUUCUUUUGAACACUCCAAGUUUGAACCACUUCCUUCAUACAUACAGUACUUGUACUGUCUACAACUACAACUCACUCAAAAGCCAGCUUCAAUUACUUAAGGUUAACAGGUACAGAAAAAAUAUCCUUGGAGUAGGACAAAUAACUGUUCAGUACAAAGGGCUCUGCCAAAUCAGCAAUUUGGAACAUUGCUAACCUAGUAGAGA